UGAUGCUCAGUUACGGGUUGCGAGUGGAUGAUCGUACAAACUGGAUGGUAUAGAAAUCGCUCAUGUCAUGGUCAGAGCGGUGCCGUUGAGAAUUAUAAAGCCAGGAGCCAUAUCGUUGCAAAAUCAAGUGUUGCAAAGUAACCCAAGUGAAGACUGCAGUACCUUGAGAUAGCAGCAACAUGUCUUCGUUUCAGAUUUUGUCUCUUAUCACAGCAGCUACUUCUGUUGUGGCACUUGCUGGGACACCAAAUGUCUACGCUGGUAGUCGCCGAGGCUCAUGCUAUGAUGAUGCUGCAGCUGAUGACACCUGCUGCUAUUCAUCACCUGCGAGACUAAUUCAGACUCAAGUCUGGGAUACACGACCAGUCACUGGACCUUUAGACUCAUGGACUGUUGGUGGACUCUGGCCAAUCCACAACGACGGCUCCCUCCCUACCCACUGCGACACCAACCGCACAUACACAAACAUCACACAAAUCCUCUACCAUGCAGGUGCCGAAUAUACCAUUGACGAUAUGAACCAACUCUGGGAGUCACCCAAUGGUGAUAACGACGAGCUCUGGCAAGAUCAAUGGGCUAAGCAUGGCACAUGCUUCAGCACCUUGAGCCCGGAGUGCUUCAGCCACUAUGAAGUCUCCGAAGAAGCAGCCCCGUACUUCAAAAAAGCCAUGUCUCUCCACAAGAGGCUGCCGACGUAUGACUGGCUUCGUGACGACGGCAUUGUUCCUUCAUAUUCCAUGUUUUAUCGGCUCUCAGACAUCCAAGAUACUCUAGAGGAUCAUCAUGGCUCCCGCGUGUCACUUCGCUGUGCCGGACAAAGAAUACGUGAGAUUGGGUAUCACUUCAAUGUUACAGGGACUUUGCAAGAUGGCUUCUUUACUGACUCUGGCGCAUUCGGCGAUUUGGGCGAUUGUCCAGAGCUGGUAUUGUAUGAACCGAAGGGGGAAACCAAGAAGGCAAUUUUUAACUUUGAGACGUUUCAUCCGCAUACCGCUGCGGAUGUGGAGGACCUUUAGCUCAGUCCAUCAGUAUACUUCACCUUAGCUUAGAUAACCUUUUAAUAAAUUCCGUAUGUAAUCACGUACUUUACUUGAGAACUAGCAACCAAUCAAGUGCCGUUUCCAAG